UCUUCAAAUCAAUGUCAGCUGCAUUAUAACGAUCUUUUAAAAAUAUCUUUUAAGGCACAUUACAACAUGAGUAAGGAAACUGACUCAAAUUCUUCACUUGAAUGGCCUUAUCUGCUGAGUUACAAUGGGACAUACAAGUACCUCUACUUAGAAGGCAAUGUCUCCUAUGUGGACUUCUACCACCACCAGCCUUCAGUGGCAGCUGUCUUCAUUGCCUCUUACCUCCUCAUCUUCCUGCUCUGUAUGGCUGGCAACGGAGUAGUCUGCUAUAUUGUUCUGAGGAACAAGCAUAUGCGAACAGUCACAAAUCUUUUCAUCUUGAACCUGGCUGUCAGCGAUUUACUAGUGGGAAUCUUCUGCAUGCCCACCACCCUCCUGGACAACAUCAUUGCAGGAUGGCCAUUUGGAAGCAUGGUUUGCAAGAUGAGUGGGAUGGUCCAAGGAGUCUCUGUCUCUGCCUCCAUCUUCACUUUGGUUGCAAUUGCUGUAGACAGGUUUCGAUGCAUCGUUUAUCCAUUUAAUAAGAAGUUGACCACCUCAACUGCUAUCAUCAUUAUAACAGUCAUCUGGAUUCUGGCCAUUGCAAUCAUGUGUCCUUCAGUAGUCAUGCUGCAGGUACAAGAAGAUAAGCAUAUAAGAGUAAUCCUUGGCUAUGGCAAUGAAACCCGCCCUGUAUAUUGGUGCCGGGAGAACUGGCCUAACCCAGGAAUGAGAAAGAUCUAUACAACAGUUCUGUUUGCCAAUAUCUACCUUGCCCCCUUGUCACUCAUUGUUAUUAUGUAUGCUAGGAUAGGCAUUGCUCUCUUCAAUGCAGCAGUGCCUACAGUGGGAAAGCACAGCCAGGAGCAGAAACACACAGUGUCUAAAAAGAAACAAAGAGUCAUCAAAAUGCUCAUUAUUGUGGCUUUGCUUUUCGCUUUGUCCUGGCUGCCAUUGUGGACUCUGAUGAUGCUCUCAGACUAUGCCAACCUGUCAGAUAUCCAGCUGCAGAUCAUCAACAUUUAUAUCUAUCCUUUUGCCCACUGGCUGGCCUUUUUCAACAGCAGCAUCAACCCCAUUAUCUACGGUUUCUUUAACAGAAACUUUCACAGAGGUUUUCAGGCAGCCUUUAAACUUCAGCUCUGCUCUAAGGACAUAAUUCACAGGGAGGUCUACUCCCAGCGAGGUCAAAGCAAUGCCAUUUUGCCAAUUGCCAACUACCAAACACCCCGGGAUCAAGCUUGUCAAAAUGCCAAGGCAGAAAGAAAGCCAAUUAGAAAAGGAAAUUGGAUGAAUAACCAGCAGGAUUUGAUGAUGGAGGAUCUUGAAGAGCCUUACAACAACAGGGUGAAAUAAAACAUGUUAUGUAUCCUCUAAAACACUCACGUGCAACAGAAUUUCUUUACUGGGUUGUGCAAUUCAAGCUCUGUAAAGUAUUUCUACCUCUAAGAAAAGAAAUAAUGUCAAGACAUUUUUGUUUAGGAAAUGAUAAGUUACUUGCAAAAUAUUUAAGUGUUUGACACAAGGAAGAAGCAAAAUUAAUCCUUCUCUAUCACCAGCUUAAACCAGGGACAAACUCUCCACAGUCUGUGAUGACUCACUGCUCUUGCACUGGACUAGAGCAAAGUCCUGAUUACAAUGAGAUUACCUCCUGUUUAUCGUGAAUUAAAAGAAAAAGACAACUACAAUUAUAUACCCUGAUACAACGAUAUCUGACACUGAUAGAGAGAACAUGUAAUUGCUUCUCUGAAUUUCUGAAGUACAGUUGAAGUAGGGCUGUAUGUACAAUAUUUAUGGUAACAGUUCAGCAUGUAAGGCUGGUUGUUACUAACACCUACAAUCUUUUUCCAAUAUCAGGCAACAAAACUAACACAGCUGUCUGUAGUGGCCAUCUGGACUGCCAGGUAGAGAAGGGAACCAUGAAACUCACCAGGGCCCUCUGUGCACAUGCACUCUCCUGCGGGGUUUGACUGCCAGGACUCAGGGCAGUUGUGAGGCAUCCCUUCCCACUGGUUAUUCCAGAGAGAGGCUCCCAGACCGCACUAUGGGAAUGUCACAGCACAUACUUAUGAGCUGCUUUUACAGUGAUACUCCAAUGAUGGGCCCCUACUGCCUCACAGUCCUUCCCUGGGGCUGGUCAUAGGCCCCGUGUUCCAGGCACUAAGCCCGAUCUGCAGGUCAACUUCCUCACCUGAGCCCAGACCUGACAUCACCAUAAGCUUGUCUGAUGGUCUGAACCCUCAGCUAAACCCAGCUUCACAUCCAGCCCUGGUGAGGAGCUUGCUCUGCAACACACACCUCAUCUUCAUGGGGAGCAGCCACCCCUUACAGCAUUCUAAGGGAAUCAUCUGGUCUGGAUAUUUUUGUUUUCUGUUGCAUUAAGAGAAAAAUUUAUCUACAGACCAAUACAUCUGCAAAUGAGAUUUAUAUAAAGUCCUCUACUAAAAGCCUGACUAAUCCAGUAAACUCAUUUCAUGAUUAACGUACUGCAUUUCUCUGUUCAGCAAUGGGUUCUUGGUACUACACUUUUGGGUGCUUCAAGUGAAGCAUAAGCUUGUUCCUGGAACUUAUCAGUCCAUUACUCUAUUAAAUGCUGGAAAUACAGUCUGAAUAUUUGAAC